GCAUCCUGUUUAGGCGGUACCCGACAUUGCCUCUACGCUUUUCCAUACUUCUGAUAUAAACAACUUGUUGAUCGGGACGAAGAUGGACUACAAAGGACAGCCCGCCGGUAACCCACCACCACCACCACCCCCGGGGUACAGCCAACCGCCCCCACAAUAUGGGCAACACAGCACGACCGUUAUCACCGCUGGAAUGCCGGUUGUUGCGCACUGCUUUCGGGAGACCUCGGUGCCCAUGCAGUGUCCUUACUGCCACGCCAACAUCACCACCACCACAACUUACGAGACGGGUACUCUGACUUGGGUAAUCUGUGGAGUGCUGAUCCUUUUCGGCUUGUGGCUUGGUUGCUGUCUGAUCCCAUUCUGCAUUGACGGAUGCAAGGACGUUAUCCACUCCUGUCCUAACUGUCACCAGACCGUCGGCAAAUUCAACCGGAUGUAGGAGCACCCCCGGAAACUUUUCCCGGGGGAGCCACUUAUGCAGAACUGCAUUUUAAUACUACAUAUCUUGCAUAUUUUAUUGUAAAUAUUUCUUAGGUUUGGGGGAAAUAACCAAGGGGUAAAAUGUGUAUGAGGCUUUUAACUUUACAAGCUGAACUUUUUUCUCAUUUUAUAUCCGUUGUGGGGGUUGUUUUUGUUGAGGUAUAAUAUACGCAAAUGGAGUAUCAGAAUUACUUAUGAUGGUACGCACAAUGUGAUAUCAAUUUACGCAAGUGAAGUUAUCAAUAGAGUAGGGAAUAUAUAUGUUCAAACUUUUUGAUAACAAUAUUCAAUUCUUAUACGCAGAUAAUCAAUGAUUUUCGUCUGUUGUUUAUUAACAAACAUAUGAAAUUUCUUAAUAUUUUCUAUUUUUUAAAUAAAUUGGUUAAAAAAAGAA